AUGCCAGCUCAUACAACAAGUCAGUCAGGAAGCCGCGCCACAGCCUUGGCCUUUAAAGAUAUCGGAAAGACGCCCGUGGAACCUGAGGUGUCCAUUCACCGAAUUCGAAUCACGCUCACCAGCCGCAACAUAAAGUCACUGGAGAAGGUGUUUGCCGACUUGAUCAGAAGCGCAAAGGAAAAGAAUCUGAAAGUGAAAGGACCGGUGCGCAUGCCUACCAAGACACUGAGAAUCACUACAAGAAAAACUCCUUGUAGUGAAGGUUCCAAGACUUGGGAUCGUUUCCAGAUGAGAGUCCACAAGCGACUCAUUGACUUACACAGUCCUUCUGAGAUUGUUAAGCAGAUUACUUCCAUCAGUAUUGAGCCAGGAGUGGAAGUUGAAGUCAUUGACGCCUAA